AUGGAGUGCUGGAACUUCAAAUCAAUAAUAGACCCCAAGGUCCUGGUCCUGGUGCCCCAGUGUGGCCCUCAGGCUCUGAGAGAGCACUCCUUCAAAGUCAGACUUCAGGAAGCGCAGAAGGGGCAGGCCUGUCCCAGGAGCUGCAACUGUUACCAGGCCAACGAAGUCCACUGUACAUUUCGCUCCCUGCUUACCGUACCUUCUGGCUUGCCUCUGUACACACGCCGCAUAAAUUUAGGGUUCAACAGCAUCAGCAGGAUCCAUGACAGUUCUCUGGCUGGGCUGAAGAAGGUGGAGCUUCUGAUGCUCCACAGUAAUAACCUCCACCAUCUCCCAGAUGCAGCAUUCAGAGAUCUGAAAUCACUACAGAUACUAAAGCUGAGUUAUAACAAGCUGAGAGAGAUCUCUUCAUCUUUGACCUUCUCUGGCCUGACCUCACUGCUCCGUCUGUACUUGGAUCACAACCUCCUCCAGCACAUCCACCCCCGGGCCCUGCUCCAGCUGACGAGCCUCCGGGUGCUGCGUCUGCAAGGGAACAGGCUGCAUCAGCUGCACCCUCACAGUCUGUGCACACUUUCCCUACUGAAUACAUAUUACUUCUCUACCCUCAGACAACUAGACCUGUCCAACAACAGCCUAACCUCUCUCCCCAGAGAGACCUUAGCGACAGCACCUCUGUUGGAGACUCUUGCGCUGCAGGCUAAUCCAUGGAGUUGUGACUGUAGUAUGACCUGGUUUCUCACUUGGAGACUGGCUCAUCCAGGCUUAAUGACAUGUUCCAGCGGCCCUCAGUGUCCGAUCUGUGCCUCGCCCAAUUCCCUCCAAGGUCAGGGCUUGAUUAACCAGACGGCACUAGCAUGCACCUUACCUGUUAUCCAAUACCCCGGAAGAGACACACCUUUGGAGAAAGAACUCAGUGAAAUCCAAACAAGGGAAACCUUCCAAGAGUCUUUAGGCACUGCCUCUCUGAGUCUGUCUGAUCAACAGGGCAACAGUGUCGAUCUGGGAUGCAACAUCACUCACUCUUCUGAGUUCCAGGAUAUUGCUCCCCCUCCAGAUCUCUCUCUUUCCUCCUAUUCUCCUCUCCCCCUUGCUCUGUCACUCUCUCUGGAGUGCCCUGUGGAGAAACAGAGCUAUGAAAAUCUUUGGAGGAUUCUUGCUUACUACAGUGAGACUGCGGUUCGCCUGGAGAGGGAGAUCAUGCUGAGUAAAGCCCCGGCGUUGGCCUACCACUAUAGGCAGGCAGCAGAGACAGAUGGACAUUAUUACACUGGAGUCGAAGCUUCCGUGAAAGUCAGACCUCAGUGGCUGCUACAGCCAUCCAUUAGCAUUCAGCUAAACAGAGCGCAGUCUAACGGACACAAAGUCAAACUUAUAUACUCAACAAGGGUCGCCGCUCAUCCGGACCCUGCUUCUAAUCCCUCAACAUCCGCCUCUCGCUCUCACCCAUGGGUGCUUAUUUCAACUAAUCAUACCACCAUGGCCCUGGCUGCAAUAGCAGGCAGUAAGGUGGAGCUAUCAUGUUCUGUUUUAAGUUCUGGUAACCCCAAAGUACGGUGGGUUCUCCCAGAUGGAUCCAUGCUGUUAUCCCCCUCCAGCAGUCUAGAUGGUAAACUCCAGGCUUCAGCCUCUGGAUUACUUCUACACAAAGUACAGCUCUCAGAUUCAGGAAUGUACUACUGCAUAGCCAGGGCAGGCAAGGAUGUAGAUGUUCUCCCCCUGCACCUGGCAGUGGAGGGGUCGUCUGUACCGCCUUCAGGUGAGCAAGUGGGACCUCCUGUCACCGGAAACAUUGGGGAGCCCAUCAGUUUGUCCUGCAAUGCAUCUAGUUCACCAGCACCUCAUAUGAAUUGGGUGUUACCAGAUGGAAACAUAGUAAGGCAGGGGUUUUCUGUAUCAAGUGGGCUCACUAUACAAUCAAAUGGAAGUCUGUCUCUGCCUGACCUGGCUCCGAGGAAUGCUGGUCAUUACCGCUGCAUUGCUGUCAACCAGUACGGAAGUGACUCUCUGUCUAUGCAGCUGGAGUUAAACUCACAGCACCUCCUUCCACUUAGGAUUUUAUUUCCCACAGGGCCACAGUCAGCCGCAGGCAGGUCAACCAAGAUACGCGCUCCAUUACUCGUGGAGGAAGGAUCAGGGGAUGAAAAGGAAGAAGAAGAGAAACGUAUUUUUGGCAAUAGGAAGCACCUAAGACCUCUCCAACCACCCACAAAUAGACGUUAUCCCAUUGGAACACCCAGAAGACCUGGACUGAGGAGGGAUGGCCCCCUGAGAAAAGGAGGAGGGCCUUUAUCAUCCAAUGACCAGAGAAGAAACCGCUUCGAGAACAGACAUAGAUUUACCACAAACAAACAAAGGAUAGACCCUCAGAAGUGGGCUGACCUCCUUGCUAAGAUACGACAAAAGACUGUUCAUACUAAUAACAGCCAGCCCAUCGAAGUAGAAAAGCCCACGACUGAACCACAGGGAGGAGGCAAAAGUGGAGACACAGGAGGACACGAGGGACAUCAUAUUACAGAAAGAGGUAGAACUAAGACAGCAGAUGGGGAAGCAGAAACUGAAGGGUCAUCGGUUGAUGACACUGAUCUAGAAGAGGAAGGUUUACAGCACAAUCAUCCCUUUCAAACAGAAAUACAAAAACACACAGAGACAAACACAGACACCGAAAUAGAGACAGAGAUAAAUAAAGGGGCAGAGGGGUCAAUAGAAACACAAACAGAUAGUGAAAACGAGACAGAGGGAGGGACAGAGAAAGUAAUUCCACAGACAGAGACAGUGACAAUCCCAGAGACACAGGAAGAACUGGUCACAUAUAAGCCGAUCUCAGGAACAAAUGAAAUUGUCCCAGAACCAGGUGAAGGAGGUGAGCCAGAAGCAAUCACUAAACCAUCUAAGACCAGGCCUCAAAGCCCCCCACAGGGACUAUUCCCUAAUUUGGUACCAAACUCUCGGCCUCAAAGGCCUUGGAAUUCUCGCAGGAGAAUCGGACAGCAAAGUCGAAUCAUCAACAGGCCCAGGGGGCGCCCAUUGACCCCACCCCAACCUCCCCCUGUUGCUACCAACCCAAGGUCACACGCUGCAACACCUGACACUACCACAGAUCAAAUGAAUAUGUUGUUGCUGGCGUCCACAACUCCAAAUGAUGUGGCACUGUAUAUUCUGUCUCCCCCUAAUUCUAACACUGAUACUAUCUCCACUUUAAAAUCUGACUCCCCCACAUUGACUCCAUCUUCCUCUGCAAGAACCUCAUUAUCCCCCACAAAGUUACAUAUAGACAUGGUGACUCAUUCAGCCAACAACCCAGACACUGCAGGGUCCACUCUUUUCAACCCCGCAACAACAGAACCCACUCACUUGGAUACUGCAAUCGCACAGACAGAUGAGCCACACACACACACCAGGACAUAUUCACAUGACAUACAGAGACACACAGAAACACACACCGCCUUAGGUAAACAUGUUGAUGGACCCCCAAGCAAACACAUUGAAGAGCUGUGGAUGAAUGUGUUGGGUGUACCAUAUGAAUCCCAGUCCUCCACCUCUCUUCUACCCACUUCUUCCUCCAUUACUUCAUCUCCAGUCCCCAGCACAACAACUACUGCAAACAUCCCAACAACCCCUUCUAUUACUCCCAUCAUGCCUAUUACAACUGCCAUUAUUAUCCCAACACCCAGCACAACCAAAAGUACUACAGCUACUCCUACCUCUACUUCUACUACAACUACUACUACCAUAACUCCUUUUGUUACAUCUACUACUCCCACUUCCACGACUACUUCCUCAAUUAGAUCUUCUGCUACUUCUUUUACUACUACAACUACCUCUACAAGUACUACAAUCUUAUUCAAAUCUAUUCAUACAAUUCGCAACCCCACUUCCACUACUAUGACUAGUACUAGUACAACUACUUCACCUAUGAGUAGGACUAGAUUUGCCAUCUCAACCAAAACUCCUUCAACUACCGCAAAGGUAGCUAUACCGAGUACAUCACCUACUACUACGACAACAACAAUAAUGACAUCAACAAGUAGCACAGCAUCAUCCAGAGAGAGGCCGAGCGUUGUCCAUGUUGACCCCAAAAGGAGGCCCGUUUCUGGGGUUCCAAACCAAAGUCGACCUUCUACUGAGAGGAAGAACCCUGCUGCCAAUUCUAUUCCUGAUUCACAUGGCAGCAGGCCACACUGGGUCCCCUCGCCAUCACUCGCUGCCGCCCCUGUGGCCCCAGUAGUAAGAUCCAGACCGAGGUUUGCAGACCCACACAUCAGGACAGCGUCGUUCCCAGCAGAGAGCACUGCUAGGCUGGCUUGUGAAGCUCAAGGAGAGCCAAAGCCCUCAAUCACAUGGACGAAGGUCGCCACAGGAGCGGUGAUGUCAAUCAACUCCAGGGCUCAACGUUUUGAGGUCUUGCCAAAUGGCACCCUUGUUAUCCACAAUGUUCAGCUACAGGACAGGGGCACGUAUAUCUGCAGUGCCCACAGCUUUAUUGGUCGUGACAGAUUGCUAACAACCCUUGAAGUAUGGACCCGCCCCCCUCGGAUGCAGCUGGCCAGCUACAAAGAAGCUACCAUUCAUCUGGGUGGAGAGGUGCACUUGGAGUGCCAGGCGGAUGGUGUUCCCAGCCCCCUGCUCUCUUGGGUUCUUCCAGAUCGUUCUGUCUUGACCUCCACUGCUGCCUCCACCAGUCGCAUUACUAUGGACAAAAAUGGAACCCUCCACAUCCCAGUAACUUUACCGAGUGACAGCGGAGUGUAUCGCUGCGUGGCCUCGAACUCAGCAGGUGCUACCAGUGCCUCUGUCCGUGUUCAUGUGUCCUCACUGCCCCCGGUGAUACAGCAACCCAGAGAGGAACACCUGUUCUUGUUUCCAGGAAGGCCUGUUUAUGCUCACUGCUCUGCCCGAGGUGCCCCGCCACCAACUCUGCGCUGGCGAAUCCCAGAUGGGACUCUGGUCCGCCCAUCCCAGUUUCUCCAUGGCAACCUUUUUGUCUUGUCCAAUGGGACACUACAUAUUCGAGGAGUUGGACCAAAGGACUCAGGGAAUUACGAGUGCACAGCAAGUAAUGCUGUUGGAGCCGAUAAGAGAACAGUGAGGCUAGACAUUGAAAGGGGAGCAGAAGGAGAAAGGAGACUAAACAACCCCCCUUUAACUUCACCUCAUCAUGACAGAACUCUGUCCAUCCCUAGCCACCCAUCAAAUCCAUUCAACUCCGCUAGACUCUCCGCUCCAUCGCUCUUUGAAAGAGCCAGGACCAUGACGCUCACCCCGAGUUCUUCUCGCUCAUCUUCUUACCCUCACCAACCCAAUUCUACUAACUUAUUUCCUGUAACAAAUAAAACUUCUUCCCCCACAUACUUGACCAACACCAAAAAAGCAAAGCUCUCCUCUCUCUCCCCACUCUCCACAGUGUCUACGAAUAACACCAAAGUGUCUCCCAGCAUUGUAAACAACACAAUAAUGACUUCCUCUUCGUCCUCUUACAAAAGCAGAGCCUCAGCUUCUUUGCAUCCCUCACCCAUCUCCCCUUUCAGUAAAGCCCAUAUAGUCUCCACAUCACCCUACAUUACUACUGUCCAAUAUGGUUUUUAUUUGCAGCUCCACUGCUCUGUUACUGGCAACCCAUCACCCAUUAUCAUUUGGAGGACCCCCAACAGGAAACUGGUGGACAUGCACUUUAGUUUUGACCGACGUCUGAAGGUGCACACUAAUGGCACCCUGUCAGUCCAGAGAGUAACAGAGAAGGAUGCUGGAGACUAUCUCUGUAUCGCGCGGAACAAGGUCUCAGAUGAUUAUCGCCUCUUGCGUGUCUCUGUGGCCACCAAGCCUGCCACGAUCGAGCCGAAGCAGCCACUCACUCACGUGGUGUCAUUGGGAAAGCCACUGAAGGUGGACUGCCAGGCAUCAGGACUGCCUGAACCAGCAGUCCGUUGGAGCCUACCAGAUGGAACCAUGGUCAACAGCGUGUUGCAGGGGGAAGACAGAGGCGGGCGAGCAGGGAGGUUAACUGUGUUUGAAAAUGGGACGUUACUGGUUCCAGCAGUGGGUAUGGGAGAAGAGGGAGACUACACGUGUUAUGCUGAGAAUCAAGGAGGUCAAGAUACCAUGCAGGUCAAAAUAAAGGUCAUGACAACUCCACCAAACUUCCCUGAAUUCAGAAGCCACCAUGUCAUCAAAGUACGUCAGGGCGUAACCGCCACAAUUCGCUGCCAGGCUACAGGAGUUCCUGCUCCAACAGUGACAUGGUUUUCCCCAACAGGCCGUGUCAUCCCACGACGUUUCGGAUCAGUGUUGUAUUCUGAGCGGGUUGUCGCCAAUUCAGACGGAACUCUGGAGGUUCGUCUGGCUCAAAAGAUCGACACAGGAAACUAUACAUGUCGAGCAAGCAACCCAGCCGGGGAGAGGAGCAUGGUGGUGGGCUUGAAAGUGGAGGCUCCUAACCAUGGACUGAGUGGCUGGGUUGGAGGAAGAGGUUGGAGCAAUAGCAAUGAGCCCCGCAGUGGUCCUUACAGUAGAUCAGGGGAUAGCAUGAAUAAUGCAAGGAUAAACCAGUAUGGAUUUACCAAUGCAGACACAAGCAAGCUUGGCAGCAAUAACAGCAGCAAUACAGGCCAGAAUGAUCGUAAUGGCAGAUUAAGACACAUUUUUCCAAACACUGGCUCUAGGAUAGCAACCAGCCGCUUUAAUCCGGCCAUUAGGAGUGAUAGUCGAGUUGGAUUGAACAGGCCAGUCAGUGGAAUCCCAACACAACUUGGAAGCAGUGACAUCAGUGUUGGGGUGAGCGGGGCUAAGAAUUUAGACAUUAAACCGGAUAACAUUGGAAUAAAUCAAAACGGACCUGGCAUUAUGAGUAACACUAAUAGGGUGGGUAACAGUCCCAGCACAGUCAGAGGAGAUAGCGCAGAAAGGAAUCCUGCGACUUAUAAUAAUGAAGUAAUUGCAAGAAAGGCUGAUGAUGAUGCUAACACCAGUAGAAACAAUGGCAGGAUAAGUGGUACUUCUAGAAAUAUCGGAGUUUUUAGCAGCAGCGUGUCUAAUAAUGGAGCUGGUACUGGCACACUCAGAGGAAAUGCGUUUAGUGGGAGUAGCAGCAGUAGUAGUACCAGUAUAGCUGCUAGUAAAACAGGUACUAAAAAUUCUACCAACACUUUUGUAGGUGUGGUAACGACAGUGAAGCAGCGAGCGGUGAAAGGCCAAACUGUUCUUUUGCCAUGCCCCUCCCAAGGCUCCCCUCCCCCUCGUGUGUCCUGGCUUCUGCCUGGUAACGGCGUGUUGCCAGCUCCUUACUAUGGCAGCCGACUCAUUGUGCACCGGAACGGGUCCUUGGAGCUGCGAGGAGUGCGGGCGAGUGAUGGAGGGACCUUGGCAUGUGUGGUUAGAGGGGAGAGAGAACAGACGCGGAUACAGGUGGAGCUGGAGGUCUUUGAGCCACAAGACGAGGCCAGAUCUCCACAUGGGGGAGUGGCUGUGGAAAAGCCUGCGCAGGAAAGUAGUUUCAUCGAGGCGCCUCGCUCAGGAGCUUCAUUGCAUUCAGCUCAAUCCUUUAGCUCAAGAAUCCCAGGUACUCAAGCGCCUCCACACAGAGCCCAGUCUCUGCAUGCGGCACCUCAUCCAGUUGGCCCUCCACCCCGCUCAACUAGCCCUGUCUCAGAGCCAGCAAUGAGCACCAGAACCGCUGCCUUGGUGAGCAUCAUUAAUGGAGAGACCCUUCGGCUGCCUUGCUCUGCUUCUCACACCCAUGGACACAUCCAGGGCGCUCUCUCAUGGACCAUGCCCAGUGGCAAGGUCCUGUCUCUGGGUGAGAGUGGUGACUCUGACAGGUACUCAGUCCAAGAAGAUGGGUCCCUCACAGUGCAACAGGCCUCUGUGUUCGACCGGGGAACCUACUCCUGCAGAUCCACCAGCGUCGACUCCUCCUCAGUUUCAGUCGUAACGGUUCCCGUCAUCAUCAUCGCCUACCCCCCACGCAUCACAUCAGGCCCCUCCCCUGUGACCUACACACGCCCCGGGGUGGCUGUGGAGCUGCCGUGCCAGACAAUAGCAACACCACGGGCAACGGUCGCUUGGGAAACACCAGAUCUGAAACAGCUGAGGGUGAUGGCUCAGGCUCGUAUCUAUGGCAACCGCUACCUUAGUCCAAAGGGUUCCUUGGUGAUACAAAACCCGACAAGUAGGGAUACAGGAUUUUACAGAUGCACUGCCAAAAAUGUAAUAGGUGUGGACACCCAGGCGACCUAUCUGCACGUUAUAUAACCGGGUGAAGUAAACAUCAACAUACAGCACCACCCGUCUUCUGUACUGGUGAAGGAACUCUGUUAACACUGUGGUUGUCCCACAUGCCCAAAGGAACUGCAAGGCUCCGUGCAGGAGAUACUAUUCCAUCUCAGAAAAGACACUUCUUAUAAACUAGUAUAUGUCUCAUGUAUGUAUUUUGUAUGUAUGACUUGGUAUGACUUUUCAAUACUGUAUCGUUUUCAUAUCAAUAAUUGCGAGAUUCUCUGCAGACACAACGUCAUGUAGGUUAUGUCUGUCUGCAUUAACAAAUAAUGUGCGUUUGAGGAGGGUUGUUUCUUGUAGCUGGAGAGACGCUUUUAUUUGUUGUGCUUUGUUUAUUUAAACGUAGGUAUUGAUGAACCAAAGAAAACACAUGUUGGUGAAGCUGAAAGAAAAACAUGCUUGACAUUGUCAGAUUGCUUUAUUUCAUUACUUUACACAUUCAUCCACUAACACUGAACUAGAGCAUACAGUUUUAUACUGACUUGGUAACUUAACAUUGUAGAAACAAGACAUCAUUACACAAAGAGGUUGCUUGCCCUUCAAAAGUAAUAUAAUCCUGUUUAAUCUUUGUGUAUAUUUACCAAAUAUACAUUGCAAAUUGGGACCUAAUUUGCCAAAAUACAACUUGGAUGCAAAAUUGAUAUUUACUGUAUUAAUUAUCAAAUCAAUGUUUUAGUUUGUUGUGGUGCAAAAACAGUAACACUAUUGGCAGCCUUAUUUUCAUUAUACUGCCUCAGUAUUUCAUUGAAACAGUAACAGACUCGAGCAUUGCAAACCACCCAAACACCAGCUUCUCCAGGACUUUUUGUACCGAACUCUUCUCAGGACUUAUUUGUGGGUUUCAAACUGACAAAUAUUGUUUUUCAAAAAUCAAGAAAGCAAUUCUUUAAAGAGUGGUCUUUGUGAUUAUUUAGAUACUAAAGAUGGUAUAAAUGUAUGCAUGGAGCCUGCCCUAAGUGUGUGCACAAUGCCAGCAGCUCAUAGUUGGCAUGUUUCCUCUCCUCUUUGAAGUUUUAAAUUAUUUGUCUUGUAAGACGCCAGUGUUUUGUCACAAAGGGAGAAAUUGUUAAAUGUUAUUGUUAAUGUUUCAUGAGUUAAAAUGUACCUGUGCUGUAUUUUGAACAGCUUCAUUUUAUAAAUAAAAAUGGAUCAAAUAACUCAAA